UUCAGCCAGGAGGUGCGGGAGGCGCGGCGCCGCUCCAGCCGUCCUGCCGCCGUCCGCGCGGGCCGUCCGUCCCCUCGGGGCUCCCGGGCCCCGGGCCCGUGGCUCUGGGGGGCAGGCGGGGACCCCCGGGGUUCGCCUGCUGCCCGGGGGUCCGAAAACGCCUCCCGGUGGGCGCCGAGCAGCUGCCGCGGGGCCCCGCGCGGCGCGCCCCGCUCCGGAAGCCAGGCCCGGGGCUCGCUGGGGCCGGGGCGGCGGCCGGGCGCGAGGGCCCCCGCUGGCUGCGGCGCUCGUGGGCAGCGCGGUGUGGCGCGUGGAGCGCGCAGGGGCCGGGGGCUGGCGCUGGGAGCGCGCCGUCGGCGUGGACUGCAGCGCCCCGGAACCGCGCUGCCUCUGGCUUCCCUGCCUCGGCCACAGCGACCGCAGCGCUCCCGGGUCGCGCGGGGCCAGGCUGCCACUGGGCCCAAGAGAUGGGUGCUCUCCUGGGCGCCCCCUCCCCUGGCAGGGGCCAAGGACACUGUUGCUGCACAAAAGUCUCCAGGAUGGCUUUGGUUUCACCCUGCGCCACUUCAUCGUGUACCCACCCGAGUCUGCCAUUCACUGCAGCCUGAAGGAGGAAGAGAAUGGAGGUCGACGAGGCGGAGGAGGACCCUCCUCCCGGCAACGCCUGGAGCCCAUGGACACCAUCUUUGUCAAGAAUGUGAAGGAUGAUGGCCCUGCCCACAGGGCGGGGCUUCGGACAGGAGAUCGACUGGUGAAGGUGAAUGGGGAGAGCGUUAUCGGGAAGACCUACUCCCAGGUCAUAGCUCUGAUCCAGAAUAGCGAUGAUACCCUGGAACUCUCCAUCAUGCCCAAGGAUGAGGACAUCCUCCAGCUGGCCUACUCCCAGGAUGCCUACCUGAAGGGGAACGAGCCAUAUUCUGGAGAGGCCCGCAGCAUCCCAGAGCCACCCCCACUCUGCUACCCUCGAAAGACCUACGCCCCGCCGGCCCGGGCGUCUGCCUGGGCCACUAUGGUGCCUGAGCCCAUCUCAGCACUGCCCACUGACCCUCGGAGUCCUGCUGCCUGGAGCGACCCAGGGCCCCGUGUCCCACCUGCCACCCGUGCCCAUCUGGACAACUCUUCCUUGGGGAUGAGCCAGCCCCGCCCCAGCCCUGGUGCCUUCCCCCAUCGCCCCUCGGAGCCCCGGACAUCCCGUGCCUUCCCAGAGCCUGGCAGCCGGGUGCCCCCCAGCAGACUGGAGUGCCAGCAGGCCUUGUCACACUGGCUGUCAAACCAGGUACCCCGCAGGGCGGGGGAGAGACGGUGCCCAGCCAUGCCACCCAGGGCCCGCAGUGCCUCCCAGGACCGGUUGGAGGAUGUGACUACCCACCGCCAGUGGCCCUGCUCCACCUCCCAGGAUGCCUUGAGCCAGCUGGGCCAGGAGGGCUGGCAUCGAGCUCGCUCAGAUGAUUACCUGAGCCGCACCACACGCUCUGCCGAGGCACUGGGACCAGGAACACUGGUGUCACCUCGCCUUGAGCGCUGUGGCUGGGCUUCCCAGCGUCCAUCUGCCCGCACCUCUGCCUGCCCGACUCGGGACCUGUCAGGACCCCAGGCUGCACCCCCACCUGGCCUGCAGGGCCUGGAUGAUAUUGGGUACAUUGGAUACCGGAGCUACAGCCCAUCAUUCCAGCGCCGGACUGGCCUCCUGCAUGCACUCUCUUUCCGGGACUCACCCUUUGGGGGACUGCCCACCUUCAACUUGGCCCAGUCGCCUGCAUCGUUCCCACCAGAGGCCUCGGAACCACCCAGGGUUGUCCGGCCAGAACCCAACACCAGGGCCUUGGAGCCUCCUGCUGAGGAUCGCCGUGAUGAGGUGGUCCUGAGGCAGAAGCCUCCAACAGGCCGCAAGGUCCAGCUGACUCCUGCCAGACAAAUGAACCUUGGAUUUGGUGAUGAGUCCCCAGAGCCAGAGGCCAGUGUCCGAGGGGAGCGCCUGGGCAGGAAGGUGACCCCUUUGGCCACUACUGAAGACUCUCUGGCUUCCAUCCCCUUCAUUGAUGAGCCCACCAGCCCCAGUAUUGACCUCCAGGCCAAGCAUGUCCCUGCCUCUGCUGUGGUCUCCAGUGCCAUGAACUCGGCCCCCGUCCUGGGCACCAGCCCGUCUUCACCAACUUUCACCUUUGCCCUGGGCCGCCAUUACUCCCAGGAUUGCAGCAGCAUCAAGGCUGGCCGCCGCUCUUCCUACCUGCUGGCCAUCACCACGGAGCGCUCCAAGUCUUGUGAUGAUGGGCUCAACACCUUCCGGGAUGAGGGCCGGGCACUGCGGCGCCUGCCGAACCGUGUACCCAGCCUGCGGAUGCUUCGGAGCUUCUUCACUGAUGGGUCUCUGGAUAGCUGGGGCACUUCCGAAGAUGCUGAUGUCCCUUCUAAGCGACACUCAACUUCUGACCUCUCGGAUGCAACCUUCAGCGAUAUCAGGAGAGAAGGCUGGUUGUAUUAUAAGCAGAUCCUCACCAAGAAGGGGAAGAAAGCGGGCAGCGGCCUGCGCCAGUGGAAGCGGGUGUACGCCGCGCUGCGGGCGCGCUCGCUCUCGCUGAGCAAGGAGCGGCGGGAGCCCGGGCCGGCGGCGGCGGGGGCUGCGGCGGCCGGCGCAGGUGAGGACGAGGCGGCGCCCGUCUGCAUCGGCUCCUGCCUGGUGGACAUCUCCUACAGCGAGACCAAGAGGAGGCACGUGUUCCGGCUGACCACCGCUGACUUCUGUGAAUAUCUCUUUCAGGCUGAGGACCGGGAUGACAUGCUGGGCUGGAUCAGAGCGAUCCGGGAGAACAGCAGGGCCGAGGGCGAGGACCCCGGCUGUGCCAACCAAGCUCUGAUCAGCAAGAAGCUUAAUGAUUACCGCAAAGUGAGCCAUAGCUCUGGGCCCAAAGCUGAUUCCUCCCCAAAAGGCGCUCGGGGCCUGGGGGGCCUCAAAUCUGAGUUUCUCAAGCAGAGUACGGCACGUGGCCUCAGGACUCAGGACCAACCUGCAGGGAGCAAGGAUGACAGUUCUGCUGCUCCCAGAACACCCUGGGGCAUCAACAUCAUCAAGAAGAACAAGAAGGCCACCCCCAGGGCAUUUGGGGUCCGGCUGGAGGAGUGCCAGCCAGCAACAGAGAACCAGCGUGUCCCCCUGAUUGUUGCUGCCUGUUGUCGCAUUGUGGAAGCACGGGGACUGGAGUCCACAGGCAUUUAUCGGGUGCCUGGCAACAAUGCAGUGGUGUCCAGCCUGCAGGAACAGCUCAAUCGUGGGCCCAGUGACAUCAACCUGCAGGAUGAGCGCUGGCAAGACCUCAACGUGAUCAGCAGCCUGCUCAAGUCCUUCUUCCGAAAACUGCCCGAGCCUCUUUUCACCGAUGACAAAUACAAUGACUUCAUUGAGGCCAAUCGCAUCGAAGACUCGAGGGAACGGAUGAAGACGCUGCGGAAGCUGAUCCGGGAUCUCCCAGGGCACUACUACGAGACGCUCAAAUUCCUUGUGGGCCACCUCAAGACCAUUGCCGACCACUCAGAGAAGAACAAGAUGGAGCCCCGGAACCUGGCCCUAGUCUUUGGGCCAACGUUGGUGAGGACAUCUGAGGACAAUAUGACGGACAUGGUGACCCACAUGCCUGACCGCUACAAGAUCGUCGAAACGCUGAUCCAGCACUCAGACUGGUUCUUCAGUGACGAUGAGGACAAGGGGGAGAGGACCCCUGUGGAUGACAAAGAGCCUCAGUCAGUGCCCAACAUCGAGUAUCUCCUGCCCAACAUUGGCAGGACAGUGCCCCCUGGUGACCCAGGUUCAGCAGAUUCCACCACCUGUAGCUCAGCCAAGUCCAAGGGCUCGUGGGCCCCCAAGAAGGAGCCAUAUGCCCGGGAGAUGCUGGCGAUCUCCUUCAUCUCGGCGGUCAACCGCAAGCGGAAGAAGCGGCGGGAGGCGCGGGGGCUGGGCAGCAGCACCGACGACGACUCCGAGCAGGAGGCGCACAAGCCCGGGGCGCCGGCGCCAGGACCCCCGGAGCGGCCAGAGGGGCAGCUGCCUAGCGCUGCUACCCCCGAGGCCCCCCGGCGCCUCAGUCCCCCGGUGGCUCCCGAGGAGCGGCCGGCCGCCGACACGCGCUCCAUCGUCUCGGGCUACUCCACCCUGUCCACCAUGGACCGCAGCGUGUGCUCGGGCGCCGGGGGCCGGCGGGCGGGUGCGGGGGACGAGGCGGACGACGAGCGCAGCGAGCUGAGCCACGUGGAGACGGACACCGAGGGUGGCGCGGGCCCGGGGGGUCGCAUGGCGCGCCGGCCCUCCUUCAGCUCGCACCACCUAAUCCCCUGCGACACCCUGGCGCGGCGCCGCCUGUCCCGAAGCCGCCCGGACGCCGAAGGCGCGGGCGCGGGCCGAGGGGGCGCUCGCGCGCCGGAGCUGCCGGGCUCGGCCUCGUCCAGCAGCCAGGAAUCGCUGCGCCCCCCGGCGGCCGCGGCGUCGCUGGGCUCGCGGCCCUCGCGCAUGGAGGCGCUGCGGCUGCGCCUUCGCGGUACAGCCGACGACAUGCUGGCGGUGCGGCUACGGCGGCCGCUGUCGCCUGAGACGCGGCGGCGCCGGAGCAGCUGGCGCCGCCACACGGUGGUGGUGCAGAGCCCUCUGACCGACCUCAACUUCAACGAAUGGAAGGAGCUGGGCGGAGGUGGGGGACCGGAGCCCGCGGGCGUGCGGGCACACAGUGACAACAAGGACUCUGGCCUCAGCAGCCUGGAGUCCACCAAGGCGCGGGCCUCAUCGUCCGCCGCUUCGCUGCCACCGGGAGACCUGGGGGCCCUGCAGAGCCAGCCCCCACGCCGCCCGGCCGCCUCCCGCCUCCAUCAGUGUCUGUGAUAUCCUCUUCCCUGUCACUCGGACUCCACUCUUCCCCAGCACCCCUCUGGGGUCUCCGCUGGCUUGCACUCUCUCUUCCGUAGCCCCCGGGUGCCGCCCCCGGGGCUGCAGGGCGCUCUGAUUGGUGUGCUGGAACUGGUAAGGGGCGGCGGAGGAGAAGCCCAAGCUGGACUGGAGGGCUCUACUGCCAGCAGAGCGGAAUAGAGGUAACAAGAGGGAGGGAGGAGAGGGACUGCGGAGGCCUGUGCACCCUGAAAACGUAACUCGAGUCUGCCCUCCUAGCCUUGCUAUGGCUGCACCUAGAGACCCUUGAUGACCAUGGGGUGUGGAUUUAGUCCGAAACCCCCAAGUUUCAGACUAAAGGAAAGAUAGUGGGUGAUACUGGCUUUUUGCUUCUUUCCUCUGUCCCUCCCCCCAGUUAGCUCAUAGCUAAGGGGGGUGUGUAUGUAUGUCUGAGGAGAGGGGCGCCCCUGGGGGAAAGGGGUGUGUGUGUGUGUGUGUGUGUGUGUGUGUAUUGUCACUGUCGAAAGGUUUCCAGUAGCAACUUCUGCCCUCACCCCCACCUGUCCUCCCACCUGCCCCCUGGGUCCCUGCCUUUGGUGCACACAGGGAUCCUACCCCUGCUUCUCACAACCAGAGAAGGGGUUGGGGCCAUUUCACAGAGACAGGACUGAAGCCCUCACCAGGGUCACACCCCACACACCCCCUUUUGUCAACCUCUUAAGUUACCCUCCUAAGCUCUUUGACCAUGGGGAACUCCCUGUUGCCCAGUUUGGGCAGGGUCCUGGGUCCCCUGCUGGUACCUCCCUCCUUUUUGUUCUUCCAGCGGAGCCUGUUCCUUCCACUGCUCAGGCACGCAGACCCCCACUUUCUCUUAAGGAGGGGAAUAUUCAAGAACAGCCCUGGUGUCCAUUUCUCUCACACACUGAUUUUUGUUGGGCUGUUCCUGCAGGAUGGGUGGGACCGGCCCCCACUUGCCCCUUCACAUUGUAAAUAAACCUGGGAUCACCAGGCCCCCUACACCCUCACUCAUUCCAGGGAAGCCCAGGUGGGGUUGUGAACCCCUCUGCCACGUCUGUCAGUUCUCUUGUUUUAUGCAAAGAUUUGCUGUAAAGUAGAUUCUCUCUCCUCCCUCUCCCAGCCUUUUAUUGUAAAUAUUGUCUCUAAAUGUGUAACAUAUUAUAAAGAAUUUAUAAGGAUUUUUAAAGAUGUUUUGCUCAUUUAAAAAAGUGUUGUAACAGUGUUGGGUAAAGCCCUCCCCCCACCUCCGCAUGGGUCCUUUCACUGUGUCCUUGACACACUUCUCUAAGCAACAACUAAGAUUUCCUGCUUCUGAAAAGUCCUGUCUUAAAAGUACAGUCUAUAUCUUGGAAAUAAAUGGCCUUCCUUGAGGCACAAGUCAGCAGUGUCACUUGUUUUGGA